AUGCAUCUCGCUGAACGUCUAGAAACCUUUAGGAAACGCAAGGUAGCAAAGCUCGUCCUCAUCGUGAGUAUUGCCCCCGGCCAGGACCAUGUCAUUGCCAAAGGGCACAUCCUGCAGUCCAACAUCAUCAUCACUAGACUCCAGCUCGGCGCUGUACAUCUCGCCAGUGAUAUGAUCCAUGAUGGUGGCUACCUUGUGGUACUCUUUCGUCAGCAUUUUGCCCUCCCUGUAGAAGAUCUUCUUGAGCCUGAGGGCGAGUAUGAAGUCGGUCGAAUUGUCAAGGGACUUUCCUGCAUGAUUCCCUGCACCGCCGCCAACGAAGGGUCGCUCUGCAGCGAGGCUCCACGUGCCAUCUUCAUCCCUGUCACCAUGAAGACGGGCUCCCUAUACUGGCACGCCAUCAUCCGCGACUUGACUCUGUAG